AUGGAAAAAAAAGAUCAGUGGUGCUGCCCGGAAUGCAAGAGUAAAAGACCUAAAACUGGAAAUUUAAACACACCGGUCCGACCUAACCCACAAAAUACACAGGAGGACCCGGACUUGAAUAGGAAAAACGAAGACCAUAACGUUACCCACCGUAAGAAGACAUCACGAUCCUCAGACGAAACGCCGGGAUUAGAACAAAUAUCGAGCCCAGAAUCUUGCGCUCAGGCUACGGCUCAAAAAGAUUUAAUCACUGAAUUAAAAGUAUAUAUGGCUGGACUUAUCAAUAAUCAGACAGACAGCUUAAGGGAGGCUAUAGCAGAGCUUACAGAAACCAUACGAAAACAAAACAAUCGUAUCGAGCAGUUAGAGACCAGAGUGCAAGAUCUGGAAAGCCAGAAGAGUAAACUUGGUGACACUACAGCCCUUGAAAGCAAAAUUUUGAAUCUUGAAGUGGAAAUACAGGAGCGUGACCGAAUGCUAUUGCUAAACGACGUGGAAAUAGCCGGCUAUCCAGAAGAGGCUAACGAGAAUGGCACACAAGUCGUUGUCACCCUUGCAAAAAAAAUCGGAGUUGACCUAGACCCGAAAGAAGUAGUGAGCGCAGAAAGAGUGGGUCCUCCGAGAUCGGCACAGCAGGGCGCCGCUCGAGCUCGGCCGCGCCCCCUGGCCGUGCGACUAACUCGCCGAGACACUCGCGACUCGCUGUUAAAAGCCGCACGCGUGCGCCGCGGGGUCACCACCGAAGGCCUGCCUGUAUCGGGGCCUGCGUGUUCGGUCUACAUUAACGAAAGGCUCUCUAAACACUAUCGACAACUAUUCCAGCAAACACGAGAGAUCUCCCGAUCCAAGAAUUUCAAAUAUGUCUGGACAAGAGACGGUAAAAUCUACGCCCGGCAGGACGAUGGCAAAGCACGGCAUAGGAUACAAUCGGAGGCUGACUUGAAACGGAUUUUUGGAGAAUUUUGA